AAUAUACCGGCUUUUGUCGCUUUUUACUGACCACCCAGAAGUCCAGCUGGACGACUGCUCAAGCUUAAUGCUGGGCCCCGACAUCAUACGCAACAUAGCAAAGGAGUUACAUCCCAACGAUGUGGCUUGCAGGCUCCGGCUGCUCAACCACGCAACAGCCGAGGCAUUGCGUGACAUGCGCACCACAAUCCAGCUCGUGAGCUUAUCGCAUACAUCAUUUGGAAUACGGCUGGGACGUCAUAGUCGCUUGCCAGGAGGUGUGGCCCGGCGAAGUCUUCGUGGCGCACUGGGGCCGGCCAGACCCCUGGCGCGCACUAUCGCUGGCCCGCCGUCGUCGCCUGCUGUACCUGGCUGCCUCCAGCCACCACGCCGGCAGCCUGGAGGCCGCGCUGGCUCACUGCAACGUGAAGCUGAAGUUCGACGUGUUCGAGUCGGCUGCGGCCGCCGGCGACCUGGAGGCUUGCAAGCGCAUUAAGCAGUUGGCCAAAUCCCGAUUCCCCGGGCGCGAACUGCAAAACGCGGCGGCCUACUGCGGCCAGGUCGCAGUCCUUGAGUACCGAGUACGCAUUGACUCACUGGGCAGACACGUGUACCAACAAGCGGACGAUGUGGCGCACCGAUCCCUACGCGGAUGCGGCGGUCUACGCGGCCAGCGGCGGCCAGGCGGCCGCGCUGGAAUGGGCGGCGACGCGCCGGCCUGCCGCCGUGUUGUCUUUUGAAUGCUUUGACCAAUGCGUAACGGCCGCGGCGCAGUACGGCCACGGCGAGCUACUGGAGCGGCUGCUGCGGCGGCAGGAGUCCGACGUAGACAUAUACGCGGGCGCGCGCUCCGCCUUCUUCCAGGCGCAGUUUGCGACGCACCGGGUGCUCGAGCUGGCAGCCCUGCACUGCCCCGCGCCCACGCUGCGGCGGCUGUUCGUAGACUGGGUGCCCUCAGGCUUGGUAAAAUGGCCCACGCGCUGCUCCCUGGGCUGGCUGGUGGCGCGCGCCAUCGUGAGCCCCAGGGCGGACUGGGAGGAGAAGGCGGACUUCCUGGCGGCGCAGCUGCAGGGCGCUGUGCCGGCGGAGGGCUUUGAGCUAACGGCGGAGGACGAGGUCACCUCGCAGUGGAUCGGCACAGCGAUCUGGAACGACAAGGCAGGCUGGGGCGCCGUGACGCAGCCCGAGCUUGGCAAGCGGCACGCGCGCCUGGUCGGCCUGGCGGCCUACGGCGUUAGGCCGAGCAACUGGCAUGAGGAGCUUGCGCAGGUGCUGGCGAUCUCGGGCAACGCGUCGGCGCUGCGGGAGCUGCUGGAUGUGUGGGUCCAGCCGGUUGGCUCGACGUGGAAGUCAACGGUGCCGGGUCAUGCAGCCUGCAGCGGCCACGUGCCCACGAUGGAGCUAUUGAGGGAGCGGCUCGGGUCGCAUGCCUUCAAGCUGGAUGACGCGCUGGCUGCGGCGAGGCUCUUCUACGGCACGGCCGGCUUGCGCUAUCUGGCAGAGCUAAAGGGCCUGUCUGCAGCGGACACACCCAGGCGCGGUACAGCUGUGACCUGGAAUGCGGUGUUCAGCGAGGCCGCCCGGUGCGGCGCUGACGUGGAGCUGCUGCGGCUGCUGCACGAGCGGCGCGGCGCGGCGGUGGACCUGAAGGCGGUGGAGGAGGGCGGCAGCGUGGAGGCGGCGGAGUGGGCGGCGGGUGCACUGCUGCAGGCGGCGGUGGCGGGGCAGGCUGUCGCACCCACACCUGAGCAGGUGGAGGCGGUGGCCAUCGCCGGGCACCUGGCGACGGCGGUGUCGAUAACGGAGUAGGGCCUGAAGCAGGUUUGAGGCGCACAACUGUGAUUGUCGUUUGCGCCACGAGGGCGCAAUGCCGUAACCAGGGAAGGCAAGUUUGAGGCACCGGGCGUUGGGGCUGUGUUGUGUCGAUUGCAGGGACUGUGCCCCGUGCGAGAAAUGUGAACACAUGGGCGUGCUGGCGGAACCUUGUGGGCGAAGCGGCUGCACGCCUGCACGUCAUACGACUAGUGGUAACGAGUUGGCGUGCCCCGGCCCCCGCAGGGGGCGCGGCGCACCCAUACGUUUCAGAAAGGGGGGGUCGAUGCCAAGGUGAUCCACACACGCUCCCGGCCCCCGCCGAUUACACGCAGGCAGUAUUCAAGCCAUCAGUUACACAAAGUCACUGUACACAAGAAGGAAGUGGGCCCGGCGACGUAGAUCCGUCACCCGACUCGAGUCAGGGAACCGCGAUCGUGAAGGUAACUGUGAUAGCAACAAGUUGAGCACACUCAAACAUAUGCCAUGAAGUCCUCGGCUGCAAGAAAGACAUGUUAGAUGCCGAUCUUAUCGCAGACACUCCCGCUGGUCAAAUUAGAUUUGUUAACAUAUAAAUGGCUCCGAUUUGGGCACAUAUGUACCUAUCAGAAGCCUCGCGGACGCGUUGGCUGCGAGCGCGAGCAUUUGUCCUCUAUGCAGCCGCGCUGUCAGCCCCAAUAAGUUAGAGCUGUACAUCUUAGGAGUUUGUAUCUAUUUAUCAAGCCAGCCUGGAUCAGGAAGACGGUUUCGCCGCAACGAAGUUCUUGCCAGCCCCGUUCCGCCAUGCUGCCGUUUUGUUCAAUACCUGCAGACUGAGUGUACAUGCGGUAUAUGAAAUAUAGCAACGAUGCUGAGACUCUGUAUCAUUACAUUUGCAAAACGUUUAGUGCUGAACGGCUUUGCCGCAACUUACCAUGCGACGUCCAACCGUCCGACAUCCAACGCACAGCCCCGACCCCCCCAAGGUUGUGCGCAUGCCAGCAUCCCCAAUACCUUUGGUCCAACGUAUGUUACGACUCUGGCACAUAUCAUCAUAAUCAGACUUCAGUCGUCAUUCCUAUACCAGCCUCCUUUCACCUCAGCUCUACGCCACGCACCCCUGACACGCCCUGACGAAGGGUCACUACUUGCACACGCCUGCUCUCAUGCCCAGCACUAUAACACCGCACGUUGCGUCAGGUUGCGUCCCCUGUCACUUGACUUCCUUAGGGGCACGCCCCAUGGAUCGCAUGGCGGUCCGCUAGUGGACCGAUGAAGGGGGUGUCGUUGGGGGCCAAGAGCACGUGGCUGGCACGAGCGGGCAGCAAGAGGGCGGCUGGGCAGGAUAAGGUACAUAAGUUCAGAACCUGUAAUUUUGCGACUCA